AUGGAAGGAGAAAGAAGGAAGAGAAAAAUAUUGGAAGAGGAAGAAGAAGAAAACGAUGAUGAGAAAAUGGAGAAGUUCUUUGCUUUGAUAAAGAGCACAAGAGAUCUACUAUCUAAACCAGAUAAGAAAGUUGAUGAAGGAAAAAAGGAAAAGGGUAUUUGGAAUCCAACGUUUCAAAUAGAAGAUUUCAUUGGUUGUGAAGAGAUAGGAAAAAGUAAUAAUGUUUCUUUUUCAGUUACUCAUCAUCAUGGUAAAGCUGGUUCAUCUUCAGAGAAAGAAAGAGAGGUUUUGAUGAUAGUUGAGAAGGAAUGUGUGGAAGAAGCAGCGGCAACAACUUUAGAAGACCAAAAUGAAGAGAAAGAGAAAACAAGUGAUAAUGGUUUAGAUUUGAAUCUUUCUUUGUAA